GCAUCAACAAUGGAACUCUCUUUUAUUAUUUUCAUUGGUCUUACCACUCUCCUCUUCUUUCUUUUCAAGUUUGCCACUCGUCGAAAACCCAAGAGAAAACUCCUUCCUGAACCAUGGGGACUUCCUAUCAUAGGACACAUGCAUCAUUUAAUUGGUACUUUGCCACAUCAUGGUCUUACAAACUUAGCCAAGAAGUACGGAUCUUUUAUGCAUCUACAACUUGGUGAGAUCUCCACAAUCGUGGUGUCCUCCCCGAAAUUGGCCAAGGAGGUUUUGACAAACUAUGACUUAACAUUUGCAGAUAGACCCAAAAAUUUAACUGCUGAGGUUGUCGUAUAUCAUAGCACAGAUAUCGUCUUUUCUCCGUAUGGUGAAUACUGGAGACAGUUACGUAAGCUUUGCACCAUAGAGCUUUUGAGUGCCAAGAAAGUGAAGUCGUUUCAUUCUCUUCGUGAGGAGGAGUGUUGGAAUCUUGUUCAAGACAUUCGAUCAUCUUGGUCAGGGAGACCUAUCGAUCUUUCCCAUAGAAUUUUCAGCAGGAUCGCAUUAAUAGUAAGUAGGGCUGCAUUUGGUGAAGGACUAAAGGACCCAAUAGUGUUUUCAGAUUUGAUGAGGAAGACAUUAACAGAAAUGGGAGGUUUUGAUGUGGCUGAUAUCUUUCCUUCCAAAAAAUUUAUUCAUCAUCUUUCAGGCAAACGGGCUAGGUUAGCCAAGAUACACAAAGCAGUUGACGAUAUAGUUAACAAAGUAUUUUCUGAAACCCUAAAAAAACAGUGCAACACAUCCCAUGAAAGCUUUCUUGAUAUUUUGCUAAGAGUCAAAGAUAGCACUGAGUUUCCUUUGACGAUUGAUAAUAUAAAAGCAGUCCUUUUGGAUGUGUUUGCAGCUGGAGCGGACACCUCAGCAGCGACACUUGAAUGGGCACUUUCAGAAGUGAUAAAAAGUCCCAGAGUAAUGGAGAAACUACAAACCGAACUAAGGAAAUUGUUAAAUGGAAAAAGAAAGGAUCCUAGAGGAAGACAUCCGAGACCUCGACUACUUAAACCAAGGUACGAUAUACCCAAAAAGACCAGACUUAUAAUCAAUGCCUUUGCAAUAAAUAGGGACCCAGAAUACUGGAAAGAUCCUGAAUGUUUUAUACCUGAGAGGUUUGAAAACAACCCCACUAAUAUGGUUGGUGCAGAGUAUGAGUAUCUCCCAUUUGGAGCUGGGAGAAGAAUGUGCCCUGGAGUAAGCCUAGGUUUAGCCAAUGUUCGGCUCCCUCUUGCUAAUAUACUUUAUCACUUCAACUGGAAACUUCCCAAUGGAGAAAAGAAUGAAGAUCUAGACAUGUCCGAGUGUUUUGGCGCUGCUGUUCAUAGAAAGUAUGGAUUGGUUUUGGUACCAAUCAGCGGUUAG